AAUAUUAUGGAGUUAUCAGAAGUGUUUACAUGGAGACUCAGUGUUAAUGAUUCUAGAGUUAGACUAGAUCCUGACACUCAAUUAGUAAGACUUGACAAUCGAGAUGUUUUCAGUAUUGGGUUUAGAGAACUAUAUGUUACUAUAAGAGAAGGAGAAGUUGCCUCAUUAACUAUAAAGCAGAUAGGAGAUGAGACUGGUGGUCUAGACAUUGGAGGCUUUCCAGAGAAUCGUUUGAGUCAAAUUCGAUUGAGAUACGUAUCUGGGACUGCUACAAUUGAUAGUGAUUUCUCUCUUAAUACUACUGUGCCAAGAUUGACCUACAGAGCCAAUAAUACACUGAAUGAUGUUCCAUUUCAGCCUAUCACUAGUAUUGAUGAUAAUAUCAUUGAGGGAGAUGAAACAAUAAGAGUCAUCAUAUUACCUGGUGGUGAUAACGUUGUACAAAUAUUGAGAGACUGGCAGACAGCUACUAUCACCAUUAUUGAUGAUGACUCUGGUGUGCUGUCAUUAGAAAGAGCAACAUAUGAUGUAAUUGAGAAUGAAGGAACUGUAGAAAUAUGUGCUGUACUAACUGGAGGAGCAUUAUCUGAAAAUACAACAAUAGACAUAAGACCUAGAGAUGGCACUGCACAAUUCAGGAGUGACUAUAGUACUCGUAGAAUUCGUUCAAUAUUACCUGCAUUUACAAACAGGACAUGUGGUAGAUUUGAUAUUAUCAAUGAUACCAUUAGAGAGCCACUGUCUGAGAACUUCACCAUAGCAAUAAGUAAUAUUUUUCCAGAAAAUAGUGAAUUAAUGAUAAACCCGACUCCAUCAUUCAUCAGAAUACAAGAUGAUGAUCAGGCUGAAGUAAGGUUUGCUAUGGGUCAAGCUACAUUCUCUGAAGGAGGAGGAAAUCAAUCAAUCACUGUCAUACUAGAUGGAGCACAAUUGACUCAAGCACAAACCAUGGAAAUUUACAUUGAUGAUGGAACUAGCAAUGGAAUAUCACUUGGUAAUAUCACAUUCGGUACUAAUGUUAUAACACAGAAUAGGAGCAUCAGUUUUCCAGUAGUUGAUAAUAGCAUUGCACUGGAACCUGAUAAACAUUAUCUACUAAGAUUAAGGAACAUUGGUAAUAUAGGUUUAGGUAACCCAGGAACAAUGAAUGUGACUGUAGUGGAUGAUGAUGAUGUUACUGUGAGUUUUGCGCAAUCAUCUUACAGUUAUAGUGAAAGUCAUGGAACUGUUAGUAAUAUUCAGGUCCAACUAAACAAUCCGAUUGCUCAAGAUCUGUCUGUCAACAUUGGAGGAGCUUCUCUACUGUAUCAAUAA